AUGACAUUGCAACUCCAACUUCCGUCACAGGGGGAUCGAUCGACUGCGAUGGAUGUGGUUGCCGCAGACGGACAGACGGAGAGACCUGGCGUUCGUCGGAGCCAGGUACUAGAUACUUUUUCUCCUGUGAACGAGAACGGGAGCUUUGAGUUUGAUCGUGUGUUGAAGAGAGGCAAAGUGCUGCGGCGCUCGAAGAGCAAGCAUGCGUUCAAGUCUUCGUGGAAGCCAGGGUACUUAGUUCUGCGCCCGAAUCUGCUCUCCCUAUACAAGGACAAGGAGGAGGCACAGCUGCAGCUCGCCAUCUCCCUUUCAGACGUAUCUGCUGUUGCACACGUCAAAGCGACUCCCAAAUCAAAUAGGCCGAAUGUCUUUGGCAUUUUCUCACCCUCGAAAAAUUACCGGUUCCAGGCUGCUUCGACAGAGGAGGCGGAAUCAUGGGUUGAGCAGCUUCACCGCGAGUGUUCGGUCGACUAUCCAGACUCGGUGGUAAACUACUACGAACAGAUACAUGGCCGGAAACAGGGAAUUGUAGAGGCGGAUGAGAGUGCAUGUGAGACGUCUGAUGUUGAAGGAAGAGGAGCGGUAGCAGCAGGCCAGGCACAUUCUCUGCUAGCAGCACCCGUACAGCCCCUCCGACUAAAGCGCCGAACGACCCAGGACUAUUCCGGCAACGAGAUCACAUCGUGCUCCGAAUUCUCUGACGCUGCCGGUCAAUCGUUACCAUCUUCUAGGUCUCAUCCGGUUCUCAAUCGAAAAUCCUUCUCCCAGUCUACUUAUAACGAUCACCAACAACAGCAAUACCCGCAUCAGCAACAGGCCGUCCUGCGCCGUCUUACCAGCGGCCAAGGCGAAGCUCCUACCCAGCCAGAUCCGGAGGGCGUCAUAUUCCAAGGCUAUUUACAAUGUCUUAAGGGCAGAAAGGGUGUUCGCAAAUGGAAGAAAUUAUGGACUGUUCUCAGGGUCCAGAGUCUCUCAUUCUACAAGGACCAACAUGAAUAUUCGGCUGUCAAGAUUAUACCGAUGGCUGAAGUCAUUAAUGCUGCAGAGGUUGAUCCUCUAUCAAGAUCAAAGACUUUCUGCUUCCAGCUCAUCACAGAGGACAUCACCUACCGGUUCUGCGCCUAUGAUGAGGAAUCAGUUGAUAAGUGGCUCGGUUCAGUUAAGAGCGUGUUGAUGAGGCUGCAGGACCCGUCCAUGUAUUCCUCAGCAGGUACCCUAAGUGGCUCCUUGAACGCUCGUUGA